CAUAUAGAGAAAAAAUAGAUGAAAUUAAUAUACUUUUGUUGACACUUUUACCCUCUGUUGUUGCAUGAUUUUGGAAAAAUAUCUUGCUAUUAUUGACUACUGCAAUUGUGACAUGAUUUUUAAUAUUUUUGAAUAAUUUUCAUGAAACAGAUUGUGAUUAGAUGAUCUCAGCAUGACAAUGACAUAUUUAAAUUCCAUAUUUCAAAACACAUUUCUCCUCUAACAAACAUUACAACCUUCAAUGAAACAUAGACUAUGAGAUUUCUACAACAUAAACUCACCUCUUCUGCAACCCUUUGACGAUCUCUGAACUGAGUGCCCAACGCCUCUUUACUGUCGGACAGCCACUUCUUUGCUCACUCAUGGAAUGGAGAGAAUUUCUGUGAAGGAUAAGGAGAAGUCAUGAUAAUAACUAAAAAGGGGAAAAGAGAGAUCAUGUUGAAAAAUGUGACGAUCAUAUUACUGACAGGAAUAUUACCUGAUGUUUUCGAUGUCCUGUUCAAACUUCUGGAUGCUCACUUUUAUGUGGACUGCAUCUAUGUUCUUCUGGAGCUUGGCAUGGAGGAGGUCUACAUGUGGCAUGAUGUGGUGGAAAAGUUCCAGAAAGAACUUAAAGUCCUGAUGUUCCAGCAGCAUGGCCGUAGCUCCUGCCUCUCUGAUGGUGCUGGCAUCAAGUCACCUGAGUCUGGUCAGGAGCUUCUGGAACUCAGGAUGGUUCUGGUUGGAAAAACUGGAACUGGAAAAAGUUCCACAGGAAACACUCUGUUGAGAAAGAAGGUGUUUGACGCUCAGAUGUCUUCAGCUGCGGUGACUUCAGAGUGCAAGAAGGAAAGAGCCGAGUUUGAAGGUCAGAGUCUGGCUGUGGUCGAUACUCCUGGUCUGUUUGACACCAACAUGACUGAAGAGGAGGUGAUGAGGGAGAUAGCAAAAUGCUUCUCACUGGCUGCUCCUGGUCCUCAUGUCUUCCUGGUGGUGAUCAAGCCCAAUAGAUUCACAGAAGAGGAACAACAGACAGUAAAACUCAUCCAGAAGCUGUUUGGAGAAAAAGCAUCAGAGUACACCAUGGUCCUGUUCACCCACGGAGAUGAUCUGGAAUACGAAGGAAAGUCCAUUGAAACCUUCAUCAGUGAAAAUCCAAAUCUUCUGAAGUUUGUCCGUCAGUGUCAUGGAGGAUAUCAUGUCUUCAACAACAGGAAGAACGAUCCAGAACAAGUCCGAGAGCUGCUGAAGAAGAUCCACCUGAUGGUUCAGAGGAAUGGAGGAGGAUGCUUUACCAACGAGAUGCUGGAGGAGGCUGAGAGAGCCAUCAGAGAGGAGAUGGAGAAACUUCUCAAGGAAAACCCUCAAAUAAAGCAGUUGGAGGUUCGGCGAGAGGCCGAGAACAACAACAGCUUUCUAACAACUCUCUUGAUGGCUUUUGGGAGAGCUAUUGGAAGUGCUAUUGGUUCAGUAGGAUCUUCAGCUGGAGGUGCAGCUGGAGCUGUGGCUGGAGCUGCAGUUGGAGCUGCAAUAGAAGCUGUGAGUAAAUCUGUUGCAGAUAAAAUGAAAGACUUGUGCGUUAUCCAGUGAUAAUCACAUCUCAUCACCUGUUCACUGCGUCUUGUCAAACUCAGCUCAGUUUGUAUUGAUUAUAUCUGAUCUUCUAUCAUGGAACAAAAUAAAAACUUCUACCUGCAGCCAUUUUCAAUGAAAGUGAUCAGAACAGACUGCAGCAACAGUGGUUUUCAUUCAGUCUUCAGACACAAUGUGACUGAUUCUUUUUGACAUAUUAUAAUAAAUACAUCAGUGAUGAU